UCCGGCCAGCAGGCGGCGCUGUGUGACGCUGGUUUCUCUCACCGAGUAAGAGGGAAAAAGAAGCUAAUCUGUGUAGUUAGCUAGCAAGUCGGCAGUAAAUAAACAGGAAAACUAACACGGGGACCGACAUGUCAGCUGAUACCAAGAUUGCCGAGCUGCUUACCGAGCUCCACCAGCUCAUCAAACAGACCCAGGAGGAGAGGUCACGCAGCGAGCACAAUCUUCUCAACAUUCAGAAAACACACGAGAGGAUGCAGACGGAAAACAAAACUUCUCCGUACUACCGGACCAAGCUGAGGGGACUGUACACCACGGCCAAAGCCGACGCCGAGGCGGAGUGCAGCAUCCUGCGUCACGCGCUGGAUAAAAUCGCAGAGAUCAAGUCUUUGUUGGAGGAGAGGAGAAUAGCUGCUAAGAUGGCGGGGGUCUACAGCGACAGCGACCCCCCCAGGAAGACGAUGAGGCGAGGCGUGCUGAUGACGCUCCUCCAGCAGUCGGCCAUGACGCUCCCGCUGUGGAUCGGCAAGCCGGGGGAGAGCCCCCCCCCUCUGUGCGGGGCGACCCCCGCCAGCAGCGACUACGUGGCCAAGCAGGGCGACAAGGUGGCGGCGAGGGUGAAGGCCGUGGACGGAGACGAGCAGUGGAUCCUGGCCGAGGUGGUCAGCUACAACCACUCCACCAACAAGUACGAAGUGGACGACAUUGAUGAAGAGGGAAAGAGAGAGACACACUCUGAGCAACGGCGGAUCAUCCCUCUGCCUCAGUGGAAGGCCAACCCCGAGACGGACCCGGAGGCCCUGUUCGCAAGACCGCUGGUGCUGGCCCUCUACCCCCAGACCACCUGCUUCUACCGGGCCCUGAUCCACACGCCCCCACACCGGCCUCAGGACGACUACUCGGUGCUGUUUGAGGACACGUCGUACGCCGACGGUUACUCCCCCCCGCUCAACGUGGCCCAGCGAUACGUGGUCGCCUGCAAAGAGAACAAGAAGAAGUGAGAGGACGCUGGGGGACGGCAGGACGCCAGGGGACGCCGGGGGACGGACAUGGAGCCUGUUUGGGAGCGUUUUCAUGUUGCACUGAUUUCCAUUCUUGUGAAGAUUAGUUCUUGUUUUUGUUUCUAAUCAUUUGUAUUUUGAACCUGAACAGACUUUUUUAUACUUAGCAUCUCUUCAGUGAGACUGGUGUCACUGGCCAAUGGGAGGAGAGCGCAGGUUUGAGUCACGCAUGCGUCACGUCGCGACAAGUAGUCUAUGUAUAGCAUAUAAGAUGCUAACGAGAUGCUAACGAGAGACUUCUGUAGUGUCAACACAGUAAAAAUGGACCUACUUAACCAAGUUGGUUCACUGCUAGCUUAGCUACAAGUUAGCAUCAAACACAACAAAGGCAGUCAGUUGAAUGGUGUUUUGAGCUAACGUUAGCAUCAAACAACCAUAGAUAGGUAGCUAAAGCGUUUUAAAAAUUAUUUCCAUCGUCUGUUAUUGUUUGUAAUGACAAGUUUAUAAUUUCAUGGAGUUCAUAUUUCAGUAUGACAGUUAUGUCGUAAACCGUUUACUUCUGAGCGUGCUCGACUGAAGUUUGCUCUCUCCUCCCAUUGGGCAGCGACGCUGUUUUUGUCACCUGAACGCCUCAUGGGGGGGGGGGAAUAGUUUUUGUGAUUGUGUCCCAAUUUUUGACUGCAGACUGAUUGGGGGGAGUCGUGUUCAGAGGGAACGGGGCCACAAUAAACACACAGAGUGCUGUUGAUGUACAUUUGUGUCCCAUGAUGCAUUGCAAAAAAGGAAACUGUAGGGGCUGCUCACAGCU